AUGAAAUCUAUUUACAAAACGGGAAAACGCUUUUUUAAAGUGCGUCUCAGUUUCCGUUUGACUUAUUGUAAUCCGUUUUUCAAUCAUAACUACAAACGCAACAAUGAAGGAGGUUGUGAAAGAGCCCAUGAAUUGCAUUUGGAGCUGACGGGCGAGAAAAAAGACAAAUCCAAGUCGAAACGGAUUAAUGCCUUGAAAAAGGUUGUUUCUAAUAUGACAUAUGGAUAUGACAUGAGCUCUUUAUUCCAAGAUGUCUUGGCGUGCAUGAAUACAACUAAUUUGGAAAUCAAAAAGCUUUGCUUCCUAUAUAUUCUUAAUUACGCAAGUAUAAAACCAACCAUUGCGGCCGAAGCAAUUCCCAUUAUGCUUCGAGAUUUGGAUGAUCCAGAUCCUCUUGUUCGUGCUUUCUCUCUUCGUACAAUGUCAAGCAUUCAUGUGAAAAAGUUUUGGCUUGCCGUACUAGACCCACUCGUCGUUGCCAAUGCCUUAGCUGCACUAUCCAUUAUUACUGAGAGAUCGAGCAAUCUUAAAAUUCAAAUCAGCCGGAGUGUUGCCUCGAAUCUCCUUACGUGUUUAGAUGAGUGUUCUCAGUGGUUACAAGCUGUAAUUCUAGAUUCUGUGCAACUGUUUACGCCGCAAGAACGCGGCAUCGCUGAACAAUUUGCAGACAGAAUACUGCCUUGGCUGCAGCAUGCCAAUGCUGCGGUAUGCAUGGGCGCUGUAAAAGCUAUUCUGUACUUUACCAACUAUAUGCAAUCUGACGAACGAGUGAACGAGUAUUUGUACAAGAUUGGUCCUCCGCUUGUAUCGCUUGUUGCAGGAAAAUCACCUGCACUUCAGUAUGUUGUGCUCCGGAAUAUUCAAAUCAUAUUGGAUCUUAACCCAGACAUCUUUAAGCAAGACAUCCAUAUUUUUUAUUGCAAAUACGACGACCCUAUCUACAUUAAACUUGAGAAGCUCAGCGUUUUGGUUAAGCUGGCAGAUGAGCACAAUUUAUCGGACAUCUUGAGCGAGUUUGUUGACUACGCCACAGAAAUUGACGUUGAAUUUGUUCGCAAGGUUCUUCGAUAUAUUGGUUUACUGGCGCUUAAAGUUGAGUCCAAAGCUGAUGAAUGCGUCGACCAUCUCUUGGAGUUGGCUGAAACUAAAAUCACCUAUGUUGUCCAAGAGAUUGUGAUUGUGAUGCGAGACAUUCUGCGUCGGUAUCCCGGUCGCUACGAGCAUCUCAUUUCGGAGCUGCUUGAGGAGUUUGAAUCGUUUGAAGACGCCGAAGCAAAGGGGGCGAUCAUUUGGAUUUUGGGUGAAUAUGCCGAACGCAUCGACGGUUCCAUUACGCUUCUUUCCGAGUUUUUUGAUGGAUUUUCUGACGAACCAGUUACCAUUCAACAAACUCUGUUAACUGCUGCAAUGAAGCUUUUCUUAAAGAUGCCUACUCAGGGAAGUGAAUUAAUUACAGCUGUACUCAAACGAGUAGUUGACGAGUCAUCAGACCCAGAUUUGCGAGACAAGGGUAUCAUGUACUCUCGUCUUCUCUCUCUUAGUCCUGAUUUAGCCCGUAAUGUUGUAUUGUCUAAGAAGUCCGACAUUGAUGUUGAGACUGGAACCUCUGAUCCUGAUCUGACUGAACAACUUCUGCUAAAUCUCUCGACCUUAGCGUCGGUUUACCAUAAGCCGCCUAACCAGUUCAUUAAAGGCGCUCGUACAAUUUAUCCAGCUUACAGUCCUGUUUUGCGUCAACGUCUUGAUCGACGGAACGGUGUUGAUGAACCUGAAGAACAAAACGAAAGUGUGAAUUCCACUCCUCCCAGACCUGUGCGCUCAUCUUCAAGUUUUUCUUCUGAGGGUUACAUGUAUAAUGGAGCACCCAACGAUCUCUGGCGUACGUCUCGCAAUUUCGGUAAUGCUGGAACGCUUGGUUACUCGAACGUUGCUGAGGAUUUUGACCCCAAUGUCACAAUUGGUCCCGUUGCGACAAACUUCCGCAACAGUAUCAAUCCUUCAAAAGGCUUAUUAGAUCUGUAA